AUGGAAUCACAAAUCAAGCACGCAGUCGUGGUGAAAGUAAUUGGUCGGACAGGAUCCCGGGGGCAGGUGACUCAGGUGAGAGUGAAAUUCCUCGAUGAUCAGAACCGUUUCAUUAUGAGAAAUGUGAAGGGACCUGUUAGGGAGGGUGAUAUUCUUACCCUCCUCGAAUCUGAGAGAGAGGCCAGAAGGUUGCGCUGAUCUCAUCCAUCUCUUUUGCUGUUUUGAAAUGUAGUUGAGAAUUUUGAUUCACCACCACUUGCUGUUUUUGUUUCCUCACUUCACAUUGCCAAUAUACUUUGAAAUGCUUCUUCAA